AAACGGCAUACUAUACACACAACUGGCGUAUUUUCUAUUAUUGAUUGCUAUUUAAACUCUUCCCACCCUGUCAAGGGAGGUAAUUUACUUGAACGAUGGCUCAAAAAUGAAUCCAUCUCUCCUUUGCAGAUGAUCAGCGCAAUGAUUCACCCUGGUGGAGGGCGAAAUGACAUACCACAACGUUUGAAACGCCAGUUUGCUGUGUUUAAUUGCACUCUACCCAGCAACGCCUCAACGGACAAAGUGUUCGGAUGUCUUGGCAUGGGCCAUUUCUGUCCGGAGCGUGGGUUCUCGCCAGAGGUCUGUAAACUCACCAGUCAGCUGGUUGUUGCGACUCGACAUCUCUGGCAUGCAGUUAAGGUGAAGAUGCUGCCGACGCCGGCCAAAUUCCAUUACAUCUUUAACUUGCGGGAUGUGAGCAGAAUUUGGCAGGGCAUGCUCUGUGCUGGAAGCGACGUCAUUUCAAACUCGAAGGCUCUGCUUUUGCUGUGGCAACAUGAGUGCACGCGGGUCAUUGCCGACCGUUUCACCGAAGCGCAAGACCUGCAGUGGUUCACAAGGGCCCUGAUUAAAACAGCUGAAGAGGUAUGCGGAGCUGACGCGGCUGCAGAAUUGCACGAGCCUGCCUACUUUGUGGAUUUCCUUCGAGAUGCCCCUGAACCCACAGGUGAGGAGGAUGAUGAUGCUACUUUUGAAGCUCCCAAAAUUUACGAACCAAUCAAGAGCCUGGAGAGCCUGAAUGAACGCCUGAAAUUCUUCCAGCAGCAGUACAAUGAAGUUGUUCGUGGCAGUCAACUGGAUCUGGUCUUCUUCACGGACGCCAUGACACACUUGGUUAAGAUUUCCCGCAUCAUACGCCUACCAAAGGGUCAUGCUCUCCUCGUGGGUGUUGGAGGAUCGGGAAAGCAGUCACUUACCCGGCUGGCUUCCUUUAUUGCCGGCUAUCAGACCUUUAAAAUAAGUCUCUCCCGUUCAUAUAACGUCGGGAACCUCACAGACGACCUCAAAUAUAUAUACAGAACAGCCGGACAAAAGGGUCAGGGCAUCACCUUCAUCUUCACCGACAAUGAAGUCAAGGACGAGGCAUUCCUUGAAUUCCUGAACAAUAUGUUGAGUUCAGGCGAAAUUGCUAACCUUUUCGCCCGUGAGGAGAUUGACGAAAUCCUUCAAGAGCUGGUCAUACCAAUGAAGAAGGAGAUGCCUCGUGUACCGCCGACUAACGAGAAUCUCUACGAUUUCUACUUGAGUAGAGUGGCGAAGAAUAUGCAUGUGGCGCUCUGCUUCUCGCCAGUCGGUCAAAAGUUUCGGGAUCGAAGUCUCAAAUUCCCGGGUUUGAUAUCUGGUUGUACAGUUGACUGGUUCCAGCGUUGGCCGAAGGAGGCCUUAACGGCGGUGUCAGAUUACUUCCUCUCUAGUUUCGAUAUUGUCUGCACCGACCUCGUCAAAAAGGCUGUCGUAAACACGAUGGGCAGUUUUCAGGUAAUACAAAUAAACAUAUCUGGUUACUUAAUUAUAAGCAGUAGGCUAUUUUGUCUAUUGUAA